AUGGCGUCGUUGCCAGGGAAGUUUCUUUGUUUAUCUGGUGCUCGUGACCUUUUUGUUGUUUGUGUGUAUGUGUACCAGGAGCAGACACAUUAUUAUUCCGAGCGACAAUUCCAUUCACGAAAUCUUGAGUGCAACAAGGCGAGAAUGACCCCCCUCGCUAUCUUCUUCAUGAUUUACUCAACCAGUGAUUGGACUAGUGACCUCAUACAUCCGCUCCCGGCUUUCCAUGGUCUCCCAAAUGAGGACCAACUCUAUUUUAUCCAAGAAUUCUACAAUGUCCUCCAGACGUUCCCACUUCAAGGACUGAAUGAGUACCAACUGAAAAUGCGGUGCAUCCCAGAGACUCUGAAAGACCGAGCCAAGUUCAUUGGGAGGUACUACUCCCAUCAGAAGACGCAAGAGCUACGGUCCCAACUUGUCUCCUUCGCCCAACAGUCGAAUGAGCCACUUCAUGAAGCGUGGGAGCGCUUCAUGGAUAUUCAAAGGGACAUUGGAGCACGCACGACGAAUGAGAUGAUGAAGAUAUUUGAGACGAUGAGCACUAACUCGUCUCAAAAGAGCAUUCGAGGGAAGAGGACCAUGAUGAAUGAAAUAUCACAGAUGCGACAACUUAAUGCAAGAGGAGUCCAGCCAAUGCAAACCUUGGCUGUUGAUGCAUGUUGGGCGUGUGGAGUUCAAGGUCAUAGCAAUAUGCGGACGCUAGGAUACCAGAACCGACCAGACAAUGAUCCCUUCUCCAGCACGUACAACCCGGGGUGGAGAAACCACCCAAACUUCUCCAGGUCCAACAACACAAAUCAAAUGAGGUCGAGUUAUUCUCAACAACAACAGAAACAACAACAGCAAAGGGGUCAAAUGGGUGGAAUACAAACACCGGGGUUAGGUCCGAGCUCAUCUAAUCAAGACGACAAGCUGGACAAGAGUCUCCGGUUUAUGGCUAAUGGUGAGCAGCUGGAUUUGAAUAACGAGGCAUCCAUCAAGCGUCUCGAGAUGCAGUUAGGCCAACUAACCACUAGAAUUGGGAAUAUGGAAGCCGAGUCGGACAAAGGGAAGUUGUAUAGUCAGCCCGAGCAAGCUAAGGCAAUUACGGUAUUGAAGAGCGGGAAAUCCAAGAAAGCGGAGAAAAAUAUAAAGGAGAGCACACAGGCUGAUUCGGGGAAGCCGACGGACAAUUCAAUGCUGCACAUGUCCCCGAACCUAUACAAACCACACGUUCCUUUCCAGACAGACUUCGAGACGAAAAGCAAGAGAAUGAGAGAGCCGUUACUAAAGAGGAAGGCAUGGCGCAUGCACAAGAACACAAGUGUUUAUAUCUCGAGUGCAGUGCUAAGACUCAAGAAAAUGUAA